AUGGCUAGCCGAAAAUCGAGCAACGGUGGCGGUGAGCAAAUCGGUGUUGGAAAAUGUACACCUGAGAAUGUUUGUGGAGUAGUUCCGAAUAGCAUGAACCAUCCGGAUGCAGCUGUCCAUCCGGAGACGAUAAGACAGUUGGAGCAUGCCACCCAGCCUGAUACUGGAAUUCAGGUGGGAUCAGCAGUACCGUGUAAGGUAGUCCAACCACAAGGUGGGUGUCAGUCGAUGGUCAACGUUGUUCCAAUCCACGACCAUCAGGUAAACAUUGCUGAAUCCGCGAGUACCACAAAUAGAGCCGUUCUCAAGUUUGCCAAGGCACAGUCUAGGGUUCCCAAGAAAAAUAAAGCUAAGUCGGCCCCUGUCAAGAUUAUGCAUAAUGAUUUUGUUAGGCGAAACCCUCCGCGUCGCGUUCGCGAUAAACGAGUUAGCUGUUGCGGCUACUGUGAUGAAGCCGACAACGAUUCUAUGGUGCAGUGCGACGAGUGCGAUACGUGGUAUCAUUUCGCAUGUGUUGAUGUGAGUUCUUCAGUGGAAGAUAUAAGUUGGUUAUGCCCCCAAUGCACCAGUGUACUCAAAUUGAAAUCUCUAACGGUAGCUCCAGUGAAUAAAAUACCUCCCAAAGCAAUCAGCAAGAGUCAACCACAUCCUAAUUCUGCUCCCAUUGUCACGAUUUCGGAUAAACCGACUGAAAAAUCGAAUCUUCCUAAUAUUAUAUCCUCGGCUAAAUCAGCUGGAAAAUCAAGUCGGCGUAGUGAGAGAAGAAAAAUCGAACUACAAUUACAGAAGCUUGAGGAGGAGAAAAAAUUGCAGCUUCAGUAUCUGGACCAGAAAUACAGCUUACUGGAGGAACUGGAGAGUGAAAGUUCGUCUCGAACUAGCAUUUCGGCUUCUGUGUUGGAUAAUGCGUCGAAAGUUGAACAGUGGAUAGCAGAUACCGAAAAAUGUGGUGAAGAUUCCGGUCUCGCUGAGGAGAAUCCAGAAGAUGAUCCGAAUGAUCUCUUGCCAGUAGAUGAAGCUGGAGCAGUUGCUUGCGGAAUAAGCGUAGGUCCGCAACAACAAACAACAGCCGGUCGGCUGAGGCAACCGACUGAAAGGAACAGACCCGCAGUUGCCCCUAACCACGUAGAAUGUAUUUCAAAUCAUAGAGAGACGAGAAACUCUUUGGGUUUUAUCCCGGGACAAAGAUCGACUCCGCUUUGUCAACCACGACUGGGGAUACCAUCUACUAUGGCCAAGGAUGAACAAACAACAGCCGGUCGGCUGAGGCAAUCGACUGAAAGGCACGUACCCGCUGUUGCCCCUAACCACGUGGAAUGUGUUUCAAAUCAUAGAGAGACGAGAAACUCUUUGGGAUUUAUCCCGGGACAAAGAUCGACUCCGCUUUGUCAACUACAACAGGGGAUUACAUCUACUAUGGCCAAGGGUGAAAAUACCGUUUACACAUUGAACCGCAGCCAGCUGGCUGCUAGACAGGCCGUCUCGAAAGAUUUGCCAGAGUUCAGCGGAAACCCAGAAGAUUGGCCGCUUCUGUUUUCGAUGUUCAACUCGUCCACCCAGUUAUGCGGAUUUUCAAAUGAGGAAAAUAUGCUCAGGCUGCGGAAAUGCCUUAAAGGAAGAGCAUUAGAAGCAGUCAAAUGCCGUUUGCUCCACCCUUCAAAUGUGAAUGGGGUAAUAGCAACUCUCAAGAUGCUAUAUGGAAGGCCUGAAACGAUUAUUCAAGCAAUAAUCAAGAAAAUCCGCUCAUUGCCGGCUCCUAGCAUUGACAAGCUGGACACUGUAAUAAAUUUUGCACUUAGCGUAGAAAAUCUCGUUGCAACGGUUGAAGCCUGCGAGAUUAACGAAUUUAUGUAUAAUGCAUCUUUGAGGUACGAGUUAGUGGAAAGAUUGCCGCCCACGUUAAAAUUGGACUGGGCAAAAAAUUCUCGGAACAACCCUGUUCCAAAUCUAUUAGAUUUCAGCUUGUGGCUGCGAUUGGUUGCUGAAGAUGCCAGUGCCGUUUCCACUUCAAUAGAUAGUGAUUCUCGCUUCAGAACCCCCAAAAAAGACGGUUUAUUGUAUUUUCACUCAGAAGAUUGCCGCCGGUCAUCAUCAUCAUCAGUAAGCGACAAUACUCCUGUUUCCAAGGAGGCCAACAAAGAAUGCAUUAGUUGUAAGGGAAGCUGCUCAACUUUAGUGCAGUGUAAACGGUUCAGCGAACUCAGCUACAACUCCAGAUGGGCGAUAGUACGAGAAUAUAAAAUUUGUAGAAGGUGCCUUCGAAGGCAUAAUGGUCCAUGCAAGCAGAGAAAGGUGUGUGGAAUUAAUGGAUGCGCCUAUUUGCACCAUCCGCUUCUACAUGAUGAAAGCAGACAGUCUUCAAUUUCAUCUCCUGCCCUAGGGACGAAUUCACCGCAAGCACACGGAAGCCGAGCUACAAACACUAGCUGUAACGUUCAUCAAGGGCAAUCUGAGAUUCUCUUCAGAAUAGUGCCAGUCCUCCUCUAUGGUCCUUCGAAGAUCGUGCGGACAUACGCCUUUGUAGACGAUGGUUCGGAACUUACGUUGAUGGAGCAGAGGUUGGCCGAUGAAUUAGGAUUACAAGGCCCGACGAAAUCGCUUUGCCUACGUUGGACCGGAGGUUCGAACAGAACCGAAGAUUUAUCUCAAAAGGUCAACCUCAUGAUUUCAAAUGUCUCAAGUCCCUCCAAGAAGUACGCCCUCCGUGAAGUACACACAGUUGGCAAUCUACAAUUGCGACCGCAAACACUACUAAUGCCGGAAAUGCAGGAGAAAUACCACCAUCUCAAAGGUCUACCGAUAGAAUCAUAUGAAGACGUUAGCCCGCAACUUCUCAUCGGUUUGGACCAUGCCAGUUUAGGAAAUGUAAUGAAAUGCCGUGAGGGUUAUCCAAACGAACCUAUAGGAAUCAAGACUCGUCUCGGAUGGAUGGCUUAUGGGCGCUGUUCUAUAAUGGCGAAUACUGGUGAUGAGACAAUGGGCCAUAUCAACCACCACAGUGUCCAUCGCUGUCAAUGUGAAUCCAAAUCAGACGAUCAGCUGCACGAGGCCAUGAAACAAUAUUUUGCGCUGGAAAGCUUGGGAAUUAGUAAACCGAAUAACCUAUUGCUUUCCAAAGACGAGCAAAGAGCGAUCGAGUUGCUGCAAACAUUAACUAGGCGCGUAAACGGGCGGUAUGAAUCCGGACUGCUAAUGCGUUACGAUAACGUAAGGCUUCCAAAUAGCAGAUCGAUGGCACUACGACGAUGGGAAUGUCUCGAUCGACGAAUGCAGAAGGAUGAAGGUCUUUCCCAGGCGCUACAUGCGAAGAUAAAUGAUUGCUUAGCCAAAGGCUAUAUUAGAAAGCUCACAGCAGAGGAAAUAGACUCUACCAAUAACAGAGUUUGGUACCUUCCAGUAUUCCCAGUUAUGAAUCCUAACAAACCUGGAAAGUUAAGGAUUGUCUGGGAUGCGGCCGCGACUUGUUACGGGAUCUCCUUAAAUUCCGUUCUGCUUAAAGGACCAGAUCAAUUAACGUCUCUCCUGUCAAUUCUGGUACGGUUUCGCGAAUUCCGAGUGGCCGUUUCUGGUGAUCUCCGUGAAAUGUUUCUUCAAGUUUUGAUGAGACCAGAGGAUCAGCAUUUGCUACGCUUCUUUUGGAAGACGAACGCUUCCGAUACAACCCCAAAUACAUACGUUAUGCAAGUCACACCUUUCGGAACGUGCUGUUCUCCGAGCAUAGCCCAGUAUGUCAAAAACACUAAUGCGAGACGAUUUGAGCAGGAACUACCGGAAGCUGUGCACGCUAUCGUUCAUCAGCACUAUGUAGACGAUAUGCUGAUUAGCGCCGAAACAGAGGAACAAGCAGUACAGUUGGCAACGGACGUGAAGAUGAUCCACGAAGCCGGAGGAUUUGAAAUGCGUAACUGGGUUUCUAACUCACCAGCCGUAGUUACGGCAUUAAACGGAUAUGAAACCAAGGAAGUAAACCUGAGCAUCGGAGAAGCUAACGCCACUGAAAAAGUUUUGGGGAUGUGGUGGGAUACAACAGCGGACUGUUUCACAUACAAACUAUCUUCCCGCCUCGAUGUUGGCCUGCUGUCCGGGCGUAAAAGACCAACUAAGCGUGAAGUGUUGAGAACUUUAAUGAUGGUCUUCGACCCACUGGGAUUGAUCAGUCAUUUUCUGAUGUUUCUUCGAAACCUGUUGCAAGAAAUCUGGAGAGCAUCUAUCGGUUGGGACGACCCAAUUCACGACUGCCAUUUCGAAAAAUGGUCGACCUGGCUUCGAGUUCUUCCUCGUGUAGCGGAUAUUAAGAUUCCACGCUGUUAUCGGACAAUUACAUCUGCGAAAAAAGAAACCGUCGUUCAAAUGCACACGUUCGUGGACGCAAGCGAAUGCGGCUUCGCUGCCACCAUAUACCUUCGUUUCCAAGAGGGAGACACAGUUGAAACAGCAUUGGCUGGUGCGAAAACCCGGGUCGCACCAUUGAAGUUUCUUUCCAUACCUCGCUCCGAAUUGCAAGCAGCCGUUAUCGGAGUCAGGUUAUCAGAUUCUGUUCUGGGAUCACUCUCCAUCAAGAUCCAAAAACGUUAUUUUUGGACAGAUUCCAGAGAUGUCAUGUGUUGGUUGCAUUCCGAUCAUCGGCGCUACAGUCAAUACGUGGGCGUACGGAUCAGUGAGAUCUUAGAAUCAACCGACAUCCGGGAUUGGCGUUGGGUCCCUACAAAAUUGAACGUGGCGGACGACGGGACUAAAUGGAAAAAUACACCAGACCUAAGCAGCUCCAGUAGAUGGUUCCAUGGGCCUGGAUUUCUUCGUAAGGGUGAAGAAGAGUGGCCAGCACCCUCCCGGUCUAUUGAAGUCACUGACACAGAGCUCCGUCCACACCUACAACUUCAUAUCAAGUCUUCCGAGCCAAUCAUCGAAGUGAAUCGGUUCAGUAAAUGGUCAUCCCUUCUUAAAAGUACAGCGUACGUAUUUAGAGCCAUUCGGAAAAUGCAGCGGAAUAUAGUUCCUAAUACGAACGGACCGCUCACCAGCGCCGAGCUAACUAAAGCUGAAUGUUAUCUACACCAGAUAGCCCAAAGAAGCACCUACGAAGAGGAAAUCGCAAUCCUAUCCGUUAAGCAACAAACACCUACAAAAAAACUAAUUGCGAAAAGCAGUCCUUUGUUCCGGCUUUGCCCGUUCGUGGAUGAAAUGGGAGUCCUAAGGAUUCGCGGGCGAACCAGCGCUUGCCAAUUUAUCGACAGCAACGUUACUAAUCCUAUUAUUCUCCCUAGAGGACACUUAGUCACCAAGUUAAUCAUUUUGGACGUCCAUCAAAAAUUUUUGCACCAGAAUCAUGAGACCACCAUAAACGAGUUGAAACAACGCUACUACAUUUCCCGGCUAAAGGCUGUCUACAAAUCGGUUCGGAAUAGCUGCCAGACCUGUAAGAAUGAACGGGCUCGUCCGCAAGCACCGUUGAUGAACGACCUACCAUUGUCACGCCUUUCAGCCUAUAGCCGACCCUUUAGUCACAUGGGGGUAGAUUAUUUCGGGCCAAUGACGGUAUCCGUUGGCCGCCGAGUGGAGAAACGCUGGGGGGUUUUAGCCACUUGUUUGACUGUACGUGCUAUUCAUUUAGAACUCGCCAAUUCACUCAACACUGACUCGUGUAUAUUGGCCUUACGCAACGUAAUGAACAGAAGGGGGGCACCAGUUGCCAUAUACAGCGACAGAGGAACAAAUUUUGUGGGAGCCAAUAAAGAGCUGAAAGCCGCACUGAAAGAGUUGAAUCAUCAUAAAAUCGCCACAGAAUUUACCUCACCACAAACGAAGUGGAACUUCAUGCCUCCCAUGUCUCCUCAUAUGGGCGGAGCAUGGGAAAGAAUGAUUCGUACGGUCAAGCAGAACUUGCAGAAACUGCUUCCAAGUCGUCUACCGUCAGACGAAACGCUACGGAGCAUCCUGAUAGAGAUAGAAUUCAUCAUCAACUCGAGACCGUUAACUGAAAUCCCGUUAGACGACGAUCAGUCUCCUGUACUGACCCCAAAUCACUUCAUCUUCGGUUCUUCAAAUGGGAUGCUUCCGUGGACCUGCAUCGAUAACAGCCCUACCCGGUUGAAACAAAACUGGAGACUAUCACAGGCUGUAGCGAACCGGUUCUGGGUACAGUGGCUACGCGACUACCUUCCGACCCUUACCCGCAGGGCGAAAUGGUUCGUCCCAGUAAAACCAAUUGAAAUCAACGACAUAGUAGUCAUCGUCGACAGCAGGUUUCCUCGUAAUUACUGGCCAAAGGGGCGAGUAAUCGCCACGAACGUAGCUUCCGAUGGGCAAGUCAGGUGGGCUACGGUACAAACUGCUCAUGGAAUAUACGAGCGACCAGCUGUCAAGCUCGCGGUGCUCGACGUUGGCGUAACAGGAAAUGGAGCUCCGGAGAGUCUUCGCUGCAUUGAGGGGGGGAGUGUUGGUAGCGCAACGUCGACCAGCGAGCUUAGUCCGUCCCUGUUAGAGUCGACUGCAGCAUUCCCUGAAUGA